GACUCCGAGAUCUCCGGCAUCUAGGCGAACGCAGUGAGUGAAUGCCAGUGCGGUGACGACGGGGGCGGGGAGGAGAGCGCAGGCGGCCAUUACAUAGCCGAGAUCUCCUGGAAGGUCGGAGGGAAGCAGGGAGGCAGCUUGUAGGGUGGCUCUUGCCGUACGGAAAACAGCGGCGUCCACAUCUGCGAUACACCCCGCUGGACCGGUGCGUGAUUCGCGGCCACACUAGCUAGCUAAUUAGCUAGCUACGGACACCGAAACGCCCGGCCCGGCCCCCACUUGUUACCGUGAUUCCCGUCCUGGCUGGGAAACGUUUAGUAACGUAUAGCAACCCAGGCAAUCUCUGAUCAAGUUGGAGAAGUGAAAAUCUAGCUAACGAUCGGUAGCUAAUAAAGCGAACAGAACGACAUCAUUACAGUAACUGCGACUUUGGUGUGUGUGUUUCAAAAUGGACGAAAAAGCUUUUACGAAGGAAUUGGACCAAUGGGUCGAGCAGUUGAAUGAGUGCAAGCAGCUGACGGAGAACCAAGUGAGGACGCUAUGCGAAAAGGCCAAGGAGAUCCUGACCAAGGAGUCGAACGUGCAGGAGGUGCGAUGCCCCGUCACCGUCUGCGGGGACGUCCACGGCCAGUUCCACGACCUCAUGGAGCUCUUCAGGAUCGGGGGCAAGUCUCCCGACACCAACUACCUGUUCAUGGGGGACUACGUAGACAGAGGCUACUACUCAGUGGAAACAGUCACACUUCUCGUAGCUUUAAAGGUUCGUUACCCAGAACGCAUCACGAUUUUGAGAGGCAACCACGAGAGCAGACAAAUCACGCAGGUGUACGGUUUCUACGACGAGUGCCUGAGGAAGUACGGCAAUGCCAACGUGUGGAAAUACUUCACAGACCUCUUCGACUAUCUCCCCCUGACUGCCCUAGUAGACGGACAGAUCUUCUGCCUGCAUGGUGGCCUGUCUCCAUCAAUAGACACCCUGGAUCACAUCCGGGCCCUGGACCGUCUGCAAGAAGUUCCACAUGAGGGACCAAUGUGUGACCUCCUGUGGUCAGAUCCAGAUGACCGCGGCGGCUGGGGGAUCUCCCCUAGGGGCGCCGGCUACACCUUCGGACAGGACAUCUCGGAAACGUUCAACCACGCCAACGGACUCACCCUGGUGUCCCGUGCUCACCAGUUGGUCAUGGAGGGGUACAACUGGUGCCAUGACCGAAAUGUUGUCACCAUUUUCAGUGCGCCAAACUACUGCUAUCGCUGUGGCAACCAGGCUGCCAUCAUGGAACUGGAUGAUACUCUUAAAUAUUCUUUCCUUCAGUUUGACCCUGCACCUCGCCGCGGAGAGCCCCACGUCACCCGCCGCACCCCUGACUACUUCCUAUAAAGGCCUGCAGCACCCCCUAGUGACGUGGUGUACAACUGCGCCAAUAUGUCAAAAGCAAAAAAGAAAAAAAAGAAAAAUCAUAACUACAUAUGUAUUAAAAAGAAUCAAAUUGGUGAGAUAUGUUAUAACGUUAAAGCACUAACAUGGACCAAAAUGUGCCAUAUAAGCAUUUAGUACACAUAUACAAAAUGCCCAGUGUCUCCGUACUGCAACAGUGUCCCAUUUAGCUUUCAGCUCAACAGUGAAAGAUUGCCUGCUGUAUACUAUUGGUAGUAAUGUUGUUUCUGUUACUAGAUUGUAUCAUAUUCAGAAAAAAAGAGAGAGAAAACUAAGAACUUCACUUGGCAAAUUGUUCAUUUUGAGUUGCAGCAAUGCUGGGCAUGUGAUCUAGGAUAUGAUUUUAUAACAAUGCACAGGCUUACACCCUCCCCUCCUGCCCAUGACCUUCCUCUCCUGCUAACACCGUCAUCUUUGCUUUCGUUUAUAAGGGCCGCUCUAUGUCCCUUCCCCCUUUUACUGCCUGAUCUUACUGUUUGAGUUUACUGUACCUUUUUCUGUAUAUUUGUCAUGCAGUGAUUGCAUCUUUGGUGUAUUUGAACAAAUAAAGUACUUUUGAUCGUGAAA